AAAAACGGUGCGGAUAAAGUAACGUACCUAAUCCAGGUUCGGGUUUGUGGAUCGGUUCGAGUUAUAAAAACCCGUAUCGAAUCCGACACCGAUCCGUCCUGCUGAAAAUUUCAGUAGAAGCAUAACUACAGUACUAUGAACUCAACUGUAUCAGAAGGAAAACCUACCGAAGUAGAAGAAGCGCGUCAACUCGCUCCGUCGACAGGGCUGGGACCUGGAAGCGUCCAAAUGGCCUCGCUUUUGAUGACGGAUUUCCUACGUCAGGCAGGAGGCGCCGCUAUCAUCGACGGCGGUUUGGCGACGGAGCUCGAACGUCACGGCGCAGAUCUGAACGAUCCCCUAUGGAGUGCCAAAAGCCUCCUUACAUCUCCUCAACUCAUUCGCAACGUGCAUCUUGAUUACCUCGAAGCUGGUGCAGACAUUAUUAUUACAGCAUCUUAUCAGGCUACUAUUCAGGGGUUUGAGGCAAAAGGCUUCUCCACAGGAGAAAGUGAAGCAUUACUCAGAAAAAGUGUAGAAAUUGCCUUUGACGCUCGCGAUAUAUAUUAUGACAGAUGUGAAAAUAGAUCCUACGAGGCCGUUGGAGAUGAUAAGGUACUUAGGCAUCGUCCCAUUUUAGUUGCAGCAUCUGUUGGCAGCUAUGGGGCUUAUUUAGCUGAUGGGUCCGAAUAUAGUGGGAUUUAUGGCGAUGAAAUUACACUUGAAAGUUUAAAGGAUUUUCAUCGCAGACGAGUUCAGAUACUAGCAGAAUCAGGUGCUGACUUAAUAGCUUUUGAGACCAUUCCGAAUAAGCUUGAAGCCCAGGCUUACGCAGAGCUCUUAGAGGAAGAAAGCAUAACUGUUCCAGCAUGGUUUGCCUUUAAUUCUAAGGAUGGUGUCAAUGUCGUUAGUGGUGAUUCCUUGGUGGAAUGUGUUUCAAUUGCUGAAUCAUGUAAAAAAGUUGUUGCUGUUGGAAUCAAUUGCACACCUCCCAGAUUCAUUCAUGGAUUGAUUUUGGCUGUGAAGAAGGUGACUGCUAAACCGAUUCUUAUAUACCCCAACAGCGGUGAGCGUUAUGAUCCCGACCAGAAGGAGUGGGUGGUAAAUACUGGAGUGCUGGAUGAAGAUUUUGUCUCGUAUGUAGGCAAGUGGUGUGAUGAUGGAGCUUCUCUUGUGGGAGGCUGUUGCCGAACAACUCCACACACUAUAAGAGCCAUAUAUAGGACACUUUCCAGCAGAAAGCCAACUCAAUUCCAGCCGUAACUGCAGUGACUGAACAUGGUUAAAACAAGUAAAUUAAUCCAACUGAGAACCGGAGAGCGCCUGUAAGGUCUGAAUCUUCUUCCUGGCUGUAAUGGUGGAGAGAAGCCUAACAAGGUAGAGUCCGUCAGUUGAAAGAUUAGGCCUCUGGCAUUGAGUUUGUGUUUGCAGAUCAUAAAAGUUCUUUGAGGGUCUAAAACUUGGGAUCUUUGGGAUCAUAUUCUGUUUACAGCAAUAGCCUUUUGAAAUUGUUUAGAAACUAGACCAUACUCCAUUUUAUCUGUACCUUUUAUGCAAUUUAAGGUGUCUAAAAACUUGUGUCUA